CUUAUUUUAGCCGCCCUGCAACCAACCCUGCAUUCCGCGAGUCCGGCGCAGAGGUUUGAACCUUGCCGAGCCCACCUGAGGGAUCCCUGGCUUACGCGAUCACAGGAGACUGACUUGAUCCCGAUUCCACUCGCUGCCCCUGCUGCCCUCCACUCCAGGCACUAAAGAUACACCUCCACCCACCUCUUCGUGAUUCUCCAGGCGAUCGUCGAACCUGGUGGAUCAUUCAGCUCCAUGGGGAACCCGAGAGUGGCAUGACGUCUGCACUCUCUCUUGAUCGCGAAUGAAUCUUUCUUUUUCUACGCCUGCGACCUGAACUGUUUCCCUUCAAAUGAUCAAGUCGCCCCGUCGUGGCCAAGACAGCCUCUGCUUCAUCCCCACGCUGCCCAGGAUGUUCACGCGCAAAUCCAUCACCAUCGCCCUAUGUGCGGCAAUCAGUCUGCUUCUUCUUCUGGCCUCCUCGAGACGUCUUGGCGGCUGGACUGCCAUUGAUGACCCUCUCUACCAGUCUGGUGGCCAUGGUCACCACCCUCCCCCACCGCCGGGACACAAUGGUCCUGGCCCCAGGCCACAUCCCUCCGAGAACCCAGACUGCGCCGGUUACCCGAUUCCCGACAACAUUCUGGUCAUCAUGAAGACUGGCGCGUCGGAAUCCUUCAACCGCGUGCCCACUCAACUUAUGACGGUGCUCAAAUGUGUACCCGACUUCCUCAUCUUUAGCGAUAUGGAACAGAAGAUUGGCGGAUACCCCGUGUACGACAGCUUGUCCAACGUGUCAGCCGAGGCCAUGGAGGGGAACUCGGACUUUGACCUGUACCGUCGCCAAAAGGCGUGCCCUGUUGAUGUCGAGGGCUGCAACAAGCAGGGCAACCCCGCGACCGAAGGCUGGAAUCUCGACAAGUAUAAAAAUGUCCACAUGGCGGAGCAAACGUACAAGAUGCGCCCAGGCUACGACUGGUACGUCUUCGUAGACGCCGACACAUAUGUCCUGUGGCCCAACCUGGUACAUUGGCUAGGCAAACUGAACCCGAACAAGAAGCACUACCUUGGCAGUGUCACCUUGAUUCAGGGCUUCAGAUUCGGUCAUGGCGGGUCGGGUUAUAUCGUCAGCAAGGCGUCGAUGAAGGCGCUCGUCGACGGGAAUCCGGGCGUGGCACAAAAGUACGACUUGCGCGCGAAGCGUGAAUGCUGCGGAGACUACGUUUUUGCCUUGGCGCUCAAAGAUAACGCUGAUGUCUCUGUCGAACAAAUGUGGCCGACCAUCAACGGCGAGAAGCCCGCAACGCUCCCGUUUGGUCCCUGGCAUUGGUGCCACCCUAUCGUGACGAUGCAUCACAUGAACAGCGAAGAGAUCAACACGUUUUGGGAGUUUGAGCGCCGCUUCCGCAGAGAGCAAAUUGCAUCAGGAAAGCCGCGACCCCUUCUCAUCAAGGACAUCUACCACGAAUAUCUCGAACCCAAGCUCAAGCGCGAGCAGCUUGACUGGGAUAACAAGUCCGACGACCGUUUCUAUGUCGACAUUUCCGCAAAACAAUGGGACGAGGGCACCCUCCAUCGCAUGAAGCCGGCGAACGAAUACAACGAGCUCGAAAAGGUCGCCCACCGAUCAGCCUCCGACUGCGAAGCGGCGUGCAAGAGCUUGCCUCCCGAUGACUGCGUGCAAUACAAGUACGAGGAUGGAAAGUGCGCCAUGCACAGAUCCUUCAUUCUGGGGAAGCCGGUACCGAAGAAAGAAGGGGCCAAGCAAAGCAUCAGUGGUUGGGAUGUUGAAAAGAUCAAGGAGUGGACCGAAAGGGAGAAGGUCUGCGACAAGAUCCAGUGGCCGAACCUCUCUAGCUAAAUGGGCACAUUCGAAGCAAAAAACCAAAAAAAAAACAGCAUCAUACUUGAAUCAUAGCGGCCAUCGCCCCAUGACCUGCGUCAAGCUGGCUUUCAGUGGCCGUCACUCCACACACGCAUUUCUCGGGUGCGAAGGCGCGCAAGCACAUGCACAACAUUCCUCGGAUGUUGCACUUGAAGGGUAUCGACAAUUAUGGUUGGUUUGAUCUCGACGUCGGGUAUCCUUUACAAUGUGGCGGUACCAAGCAACUGGUUAUUAUGAAGCAACCUUCGAAAAGAAUGGGUGUUGGAACUUGGUCCGCAGCAGUUGCAUAACAAUGUGGAUCACGAGCGUCGUUAAGGUAUACUUGCUCAAGUAAGGAAGAAGUCCGCUUAUAACACUAUCGGAUUGGGAUAAUCUGGGCAUGAAAAGGAUUUUUCGAAUGUGUAAUACUUGGCUUGGACUUGGGAGAUCAUGGACAAGAGGGAUAGAGGGCGUUAUGGUGCUUUUGGGGGGUUACUCUUACCAUGGGAAAGCGGAUAGCACAAGCGGAUAUAGCGCAUCGUCGGACACAUCUGCAUUACGAUGACGAUAAUCAAAAGAUCGUUGGAACCAAUAAACUUGUUCAUAAUCAUACACUAAUCAUCUCUAAGGUCCAGUCGUGUUAUUUCAAUUGACAUCCAAGUAGAA